AUGAUUAUCAUGCAUGACUAUCCUCUUCGUGUGGUCGACCAUUUUGCUGGUUUCUUGAAGGUUCUUCGUCCCCAGUUCACUAUGCCAAGGUUAAACACCAUUCAUGAUGAUUGUGUCUUAAUGUUCUUGUCCCAAAAGCAGAAACUUUCAGACAUCAUUACAAAGAUUCCUGGAGGAGUUAACCUUGCAGUAGAUGUCUGGUCAUCAAAGCAAUCAGUGGGUUACGCCUUAGUUUCCGGACACUUUGUAGAUAAAGACUGGAACUUAACUCACCUCCUUAUGAAUGUAUCUGUAGUUGCUUCUCCUGAUUCAGAUUCUGCGUUGAACCAACCUCUCAAAGCUUGCUUGUCUGAAUGGAAACUAGAAGGGAAGGUUUCAAGCAUCACUGUCAGCCAAACAUGCACUGAUAAUCUCAGAUGUUUCUUGUCUGUCAAGAACCAGCAUGUGUUGAAUGGUCAGUUGUUGAUGGGGGAAUGCUAUGCUAACGUUCUAAGCAGUAUGGCUCAAGAAGCACUUGAGGAUGAGAAGUUGAUAAAGAAAGUCAGAGACAGCAUCAAACAGCUCUUGUCUUGUUUGGAAACUUGUUAUCCUAAUUACAAAAUAUCAUCAAUAUCUCCUGAAGAUUGGAGAAAGAUUGAUGGUCUCUGCUCGUGCUUGAAGGUUCUUUUCGAAGCGGGUAAUGUCUUGACAAGGCCAAAGAAUCUGACAGCAAACGAUUUGUACCAUGAGAUGAUUAAACUUCAGGUAGAGCUGAGCCAUGCAGCUAUGUGUGAAGAAGACUUGGAUGUUAGAAACCUUGCAAACUCGUUUUGGGAGAAGUUUGACGUGUACUGGAGAGGAUGCUUCUUGGUUUUGGCGGUUGCUGUGGUCAUGGAUCCUCGGUGCAAGAUGGAGAUCGUUAAGGCUAACUUCACUGAGAUGUAUGGUGAAGAAGAUGCUGAAAAAUGGAUCAAGACUGUUAGUGAUGCUGUCCAUGAUCUGUACCUUAGCUACGGUGAACAAAACCUGAUGGAUGCUAAUGUGGAUCAUGGCCUUUUGGAAACCACAGAGUCACAUCAACAUGAGGGAGAGCAUAAGGUAGAGAAGCAAGAACUUGGUGAUGAUUCUCAAGCACAGCCACAAGCAGAUGAAGACUACCACAUGGGUGAUGUGCUUCUCCAGGAAGGGACUACUCUAGUGACAAUUGGAGACUCUUUGUCAGACUUUGAGAUUUUCCUCACGGAGCUGAACCGAUAUUUAGGUGAAACGUUGGUUCUGGGGUCAGAAGACUUUGACGUUUUGAGGUGGUGGAGGGUCAACAACACUAACUACCCUAUCCUCUCUAAGAUAGCUGCAGAUAUUCUACCCAUUCCUUGCAGCACCGUCUCACCUGAUUCCGUGUUUGACACGGAAGUGAAAGAGAUGGACAAUUAUAGAAUCUCUCUUCCUAGUGGAACCUUGGAAGCUAAGGAUUGGCUCAAAAACCCCAAAACAUUAUGA